UCGUAUGCGUUUGUUUUCGGCCAAGUUUUUAAAUAUCGCCGCCAACAAAUAUCCUUGUUGUUUAGAUUUUAGAAAAGUAAACUAAGGACAGUUUUAACAAGUUUGUUAGUAAUAGUUACUAUUAAUGUAAAUUUAUAUCUCUUCAUUCGUUAUGGCGACUCCCAACAGGCACAGAAGUAAAACCAGUGACAGUGGUAAACUAUGGUUUGAUAGACCUAUUCUCCAUGAUGCAUUUGAAGAGUUAUUUAAAGCAAGUCCGGUUGGCAAGCUCAUAAGUACCACCGGCAUGCAGGAUAACCUGUCACUUACAAAUCUGACUACACUGAAUUCACAACCUACCCUGAAAGUAAAAGCCACAGAGCAGUGUGAACGAGUCAUGCAACCAACAUCCAUCACUAGAACCUCAUCAGUCCAGCAGAUGGUAGUCGAUGACCCUGUGAAAUUGAGCAGUCCCGUCAGUAAUAAUCAAUCAUCAAUUCUAGAGUUUUUUAAUCAGUGUAAGCCUGUGCCACAGCAAGAUGGUGCCAUCGUCGAUUUCACAGAUGAUCAGUCAGAUGUCGACGAAAAUUUAGCAGCUCAUAUAAGUGAAAUUGUGGAAAGUCUAUCUGAGACAGAAGACGCUGAUGGAGCCACAGGCGACAAAGUUGUUUGCAGUCAUCCAGUGCUCACCACCCAUGACAUCAAUAAGCAGCAUAUCAAGAUCACAGCUGCAAAUAAUUAUAAACCAAAAUAUAAAACUUUGUCUCGUUAUAAAGACAAAUAUGAGAGAGCGACACAGCACGAGACAGAACAGCGGAACAGGACACAGUGUGAGAAGGAUCAAGAAAAGGUGGCACAACAUGAGAAGGAACAAAAAAAUCUGGCACAGCAUAACAAGGAACCAGAUAUGGUGACACAGCAUGAGAAUGAUCAACAAAACGUAGCACAACAUAAGGAACAAGAGAAGGUGGCACAAUCUGAGAAGAAACAAGAGAAGAUGAUGCAACAUAGAAAGGAACAAGAGAAGGUGAUGCAACAUGUGAAGGAACAGGAGAAGGUGGCACAAUCUGAGAAGAAACAAGAGAAGAUGAUGCAACAUAGAAAGGAAGAAAAGAAGGUGGUGCAACAUGAGAAAGAAGAAGAGAAGAUGACACCACACGAGAAGGAUCAAGAGAAAGCAACACAACAUCAGAAUAUGAGAAAAAAGUGUGCUGCAAAUGAAUGCAAACCUACAUUCCUGUACAACUGGACAAUCAUGAAGGCAGGAAAUGGGAAAACUGGCAAGAUCUGUUUGGAAGGAUCUAAAGAAAAAUUAAGCAAUGGUGACGAAAUUGCUCGGUAUUGGCAUAGUGCUGCCAUUGUAAAGCGAGUGACUGCCAAAGUUGUACAGACUAUCAGUGGCUCAACAUACAGGCUCAGUGGUCCGUUGUCUAAGGUUGCCUGGACACAACCAGAUAUGACAGUCCCAGUGCUUAAAGCUUUUGCAACUGGCUUCCCAUUGAACUGGAAAGAGGUCAUUAAAAAUCACUAUUACAAGAGAUACGAUAGCGAUGAUGAUGAUGAUUGCCUGGAUUCAACUAGCAUAUUGUGCACAUCGGUGUGGAAUGAUGACAAGUUGCAGGUGGCGGACCUGCCACAGUCAAGAUCAGGCCGCACAGUCAUACCUCCACUCGCCUACUGGACUGGGUCAAGGGUAAUGACCAAUCAGUGGUCUGAAGAUGGACAUGUCACUAUACAUGUGGAGACGGCAGAUCAUUUAACACCGACCAUUAAUUAUAAAUCGGUACAACGUUUCGGCAGGCGCACCAGUACUCCUAAAACCAAUACAAAGAUGGAGAGCGAAAGAAAUGACUCGAUGGGUAGUAAGUUUAAUGUAACGCUCACAAAUGUGUCCCACAGAAGAGAGCAGUUGAUAGAUAGUGAAGUUAAAGCAGAAUCAUCAAAGGCAGUGAAGCAAAGGAAGAGAAGAGCAGGAGUAAAAAGUGGUGUAAUUGAUAGUGAAGUUAGGGAGGAAUCAACUAGGCAGUCGACGAGAAUGAAAAGAGUGAGACGUGUAGUUGAUAGUGAAAGUGAAGAGGACCCCAUACGGCGAUUAAGGCGAAGAGAGAAAAGAGCUACAACGAGGAAUGAAGUGGGGGAUAGUGAGGUUGAAAAGGAACCUAUAAGGCGGCCAAAGAAGAUAGAGAAGACGAACAGCGUAAGAAAUGAUAAAGAAGAUCAGGUGGUUACAAAAGGUCUUGUUGGACAAAGGAAAGGUAGAAGUAAAGGAGUGCAAAAUGAAGUAGCGGGUAGUGAGGUUGAAGAGGAACCUAUAAGUCGGCCAAAGAGAAGAGAGCCAUUGAAAAGCGAGAGAAAUAAUGAUGAAGAUAGUGAGAAUAAAGAGGAGCUUAUGGGACAAUCAAGGAGAGGUAGAAGUAAAGGAGUGCAAAAUGAAUUAGCGGGUAGUGAGGUUGAAGCGGAACCUAUAAGUCGGCCAAAGAGAAGAGAGAUGUUGAAAAGCGAGAGAAAUAAUGAUGAAGAUGGUGAGAAUAAAGAGGAGCUUAUGGGACAAUCAAGGAGAGGUAGAAGUAAAGGAAUGCAAAAUGAAGUAGCGUGUAGUGAGGUUGAAGAGGAACCUAUAAGGCGGUCAAAGAGAAGAGAGCCGUUGACAAGCGAGAGAAAUAAUAAUGAAGAUAGUGAGAAUAAAGAGGAACUUAUGGGACAAUCAAGGAAAGGCAGAAGUAAAGGAAUGCAAAAUGAAGUAGAUGAUAAUAAUGUUGAAGAGGAACCUGUAUUUUUGUUAAGGGGACGAAAGAAAGGAAAAGAAAUUAGAAAUGAAGCAGAAGAUAGUGAGGUUGAAAAGGAACCUGUAAGACAGAUCAGGAGAAGAGCAAAAAGAGCAACAAUGAGGAAUGAAGUAGCGGGUAGUGAGUUUGAAGAGGAGCCUAUAAGGCGGUCAAAGAGAAGAGAGCCGUUGAAAAGCGAGAGAAAUAAUAAUGAAGAUAGUGAGAAUAAAGAGGAGCUUAUGGGACAAUCAAGGAAAGGCGGAAGUAAAGGAAUGCAAAAUGAAGUAGAUGAUAAUGAUGUUGAAGAGGAACCUGUAUUUUUGUUAAGGGGACGAAAGACAGGAAAAGAAAUUAGAAAUGAAGCAGAAGAUAGUGAGGUUGAAGAGGAACCUGUAAGACAGAUCAGGAGAAGAGCAAAAAGAGCAACAAUGAGGAAUGAAGUAGGGGAUGAUGAGGUGGACAAGGAACCUGUAUUUCGGUUCAGCCAAAGAAAAUCAAGAAAAAGGACGAGAAAUGAAUCAGAAGAUAGCGAGGUUGAAAAGGAACCUAUAAGGCGGCCAAAGAAGAUAGAGAAGACAAACAGCGUAAGAAAUGAUAAAGAAUAUCAGGUGGUUACAAAAGGUAUUGUUGGACAAAGGAAAGGUAGAAGUAAAGGUGUGCAAAAUGAAGUAGCGGGUAGUGAGGUUGAGGAGGAACCUUUAAGGCGGUCAAAGAGAAGAGGGAAAAGAGAAAGUAUAAGAAAUGCAGGAGUCUGUGAUGAGAUUGAGGAGAAACGAACAAAGCAGAGAUUGGAACAAAAGCGAAAUGGUGUGCUAAAAAAGGCUAAUAUACUAGAUAAUAAAAAACACAUUCACAAACAAGCCAAGGAAUGUGGAACUACAUAUGAAAUAGAAAAAAGCAGAAAGGCUAGAGUUUUACUGCUAAAUGAGUCAGCAGGGGAGGAAUUGGGACAAAGGAACAGGAUUAUCAGCCUUUGUGAUGAUGAUAAUGAUGAACUAGAUACUCCACCUCUGCUUUCCUGGAGGCAUACUCGAGUGCCCGUGGUCCAAGAUUCUAAAGUGGAAAUGACGUGCGCCAUCACUGAAACUCCAAAGGCAUCAAGUAGAACCAAGUCAUCCGGUGAUGGAAAACGCAAUCAAUAUGUAGAAAAAUGUACUAGUUCUACACGUGGGAGCACCUGUAAUCAACUGGAAGCAGACAAAAAUGCCGUGUGGGAUAAAAAAGACGUUAGCAAGCUAGAAAGAACAAUGCUCAGAUUUAAUCCAUCCUCACGAACCUUCUGGAAUGACGUUGCUAAUUAUAUGGGCAACCGGACAGCUAUGGAAUGUCAUCAGUUCUACUAUGAAGAUGAUGAGUUAUCAGACGAGAAAAAGUCAAUGAAGAAAGCUAAAGCACCAGCUCUGAUAACAGCGAAAAAGGGAACGAUGAAACGCAAGAGACAGAUGAGAGAUAUGUUGGAGCAACAUGAUGAGGGGUAUAGUGAGGACGAUCUAUUUGAUUCAACUCCCUUUAGGAAUAAUCCGAAGAAAGCUAAGGCAAGCUUAGUAGAAGGAGACAGCUUCAUGGAUUCUCUGAGUGCUAGUACGAUGAAGAGUUUCAUGAGAACGCCCGGUGAGAGAGCUAUCACAUGGGUUCCACCAUCCAAAAAGAAGACACCCAAGUUUGGUAGUUUCACAACACCAGUCGUCUUUAGUGCAAACAUAAAUCAAGUUGAUCGAUAUAUUCAUAAGUAUCAAGGAAGAAGAUUUGAUCAUGCCACACCAGAACCUUCAAAACUACAGUCAGCCACCAGCCAACACAGCAAGGAUAUCAACAAUGCUGCUGCAAAAAAUGUCCUAGAAAAUAAAGGUGCAAUUGACUAUGGACGGCCAGACUCUGAUGAAUCUGAGGAAGAGCUUGAUCACUACUGGUCAGAUGCAUAAUACACCCACUGACCCUGACUCCAUGACCCUUUUAAAUUUAAUAAUUUAUAGAGGUUGUUUGAAAAGGGAUUACAACCCAACUUUAAAAUGGCAUUCAUGUUUAUUUUAGUUUUUUGUAAAGAGUUGCAGUUUCGAUGCUGCAGGCUAUGUAAGCAAUCUACAUAAGGUAGCAAUUUGUUCUGAUAUUUCGUAGUACCUAUACUAAGUAUUAUCUGUACUAGUAAAACUAAUUGUGAUUACAAUCUGGGGCCUAAAGUACAUUACAAUAGGAUUAUGUACAACGUUUAGAGCAGAAUAUUCAAAGUGUUCUUUCAGCAGAUGUGUUCUAAUAAUUUUGCUAAUGAUGAGGGAAUGUACAUAAUAUCUAUAUUACAACCUCAUGAUAGCAGGUUGAAAACAUAGAUCCCCUGUUGAGUACAGAUAUCAUGGAUAGGCUAGGAGUCCAGUAGUUUCCAGUUAGUAUAUUUUAUGUUCAUUGUGGAUGAUGAAUCGUGGGUCUACCACAUGAAUCAACUGUGUGUACAUAUAUAUGUUGGAGGUGAAAUAGGAGUCGAUGGAAUUUUAGUUUGAAUACUUUAUAUGAGAUUGCCAAUUGCCAUUGUUGUGUUGUAUAUGCCAUGCUAUGCAUCGGUUUCUUUUUUGUGAAAGUUCGUUUAGUAGUAUGUAUGCUUAUGUAAUCUCAAUUUCGUCCAAUCUCUGACAGAUUUAUUACAAGUGCUACAGCUCACUCAUCUUAACCAAGUGCCCUCUCUUACAGUGUUAGUAUCACCAUUUGUAUAAUAAAAUGUGUUAUAUAUGCUUAAAUAUGUAGAUCCUAUAUACAUUUACUGAUAUACUUAA